AUGGAGACGAACAGAUUUAUAAUCGUAUUAGCUUUAUUAAUUUGUGAGGGAAAUGCGGAGAUUAUUAACUUAGCUGGUGGUUUGAAGUCCAAUUAUACCUUUCCUAAAGAUUUUUCUUUCGGUGUAUCAACAGCAGCUGCCCAAAUAGAAGGAGCUUGGAACGAAGACGGGAAGUCUGAAAGUAUAUGGGAUCAUUUAAUACAUACGAAUCCAGGAUUUGUAAGAGAUGGAUCAAAUGCUGACGUCGCUGCUGACUCCUAUCAUUUGUAUAAAAGAGACGUUGAAAUGGUUCGUGAACUUGGUGUAGCUAUAUAUAGGUUUUCGAUAUCAUGGCCCAGGGUGUUGCCUACAGGACUGGCUAAUGAUGUAAACCCUUUGGGAAUUCAGUAUUAUAGGAAUCUUAUAGAUGAACUUCUCAAGUACAACAUUACACCAAUGGUUACAAUAUAUCACUGGGACUUGCCGCAAAAACUGCAAGAAAUAGGUGGUUGGGCGAAUGCACACAUUGUUGACUAUUAUACAGAUUACGCUAAGGUGUUGUUUGAUAACUAUGCUGAUAAAGUCAAGUAUUGGGUAACUUUCAAUGAGCCGAUGCAAACUUGCUUAGAAGGCUAUGGUGGUACUUACAGAGCACCAGCACUAAACCGUCAUGGAAUCGCAGAAUACCUUUGUACUCAUAACCUUCUAAAGGCACACGCUAAUGUUUAUCAUUUAUUUGAUUCUAACUACCGAUCGAUUGUUGGAGGCAAAAUCGGUAUGUCAUUAGACUCCAAUUGGGCUGAACCCAAAACUGAUACGCCGAAAGAUCGUGAAGCUGCCGAAUUAUACUUAAAAACACAUGUGGGUUGGUAUGCGCAUCCUAUUUAUUCAGCAGAAGGGAACUAUCCCCCUGAGCUUAUUAAGCUUGUAGAUGAAAAAAGUCGACUCCAAAAUUACACUCACUCAAGAUUACCGAAGUUCACGACUGAAGAGGUAGCAUUUAUCCGAGGCACAGCUGACUUCUUCGGCCUAAAUCACUACACGACAUACCUUCUCAGUAUGGCUGAUAAAGAAGUGGGCGCAAUACCUUCGCAUCAAAACGACGUGGGCAUUGUGAGAGUUCAAGAUCCUAAGUGGCCUUCAAAAUCUUCGUCAUCGUGGCUGAAGGUAGUACCAUUCGGUUUUCGGCGGUUGCUCCAGUGGCUCACGAAAACCUACAACAACGUGCCAAUUAUAGUGACAGAAAAUGGUUACGCUGAUUUUAGCGGCCUAGAUGACAAAGCUCGGGUGUCGUAUUACAGCCAUUAUUUAAACGCGCUGCUGCACGGUAUCCACGAAGACCGCAGCAACGUGCAUGGUUACUUGGCAUGGAGUUUGAUGGACAAUUUUGAAUGGGACGAUGGUUAUGUGUCCCGCUUCGGUCUGUACCUGGUCGAUUUUAAGAGUCCGAAUAAGACGAGGACGGCGAAACGUUCGGCGAAACUGUAUGCGAGCGUUGUGGCGUCACGAAGGCUGCCCGAUGACUACGAUCCAGAUGACUUCACUGCCUUCUCUGGCGCCAGCGCUAUGAUCCCUACCGUCCUACCCCUCAUACCCCUCUACAGGCUAAUUGUUUAA